AUGGCAGCCUACUGCAACGAAGUCCGUAAGCUCAAAGACAAGUUUGACGGGCUAGAGGUCAACCACGUCGUAAGGCACUUCAACGAGGCAGCUGACGAAUUGGCAAAGGCGGUGUCCGGCCGAAAGCCCGUACCUGACGGCGUCUUCAUGAGCAACCAAUUCAAGCCCUCCAUCCGGUACCAGGAGCCAGGGAGGGUCGGCAACACGCCACCUGCCCCGGACCCGAGCCCCGACCUAGGAGAGGUCGGCAACGCGCCACCUGUCCCGGGCUCGGGCACCAACCCAGACGAGGUCGGCGACGCUCCACCUGCCCUAGGGUCGAAGACCGACCCCUCCGACCCCGAGGUCAUGGAGAUCGAUGCAGACCCAGCAGCAGGGCCCGACCCCUUGCCUGACUGGAGAGCCCCGUACCUGGACUACCUCAUCCGCGACAUGCUCCCGACGAACAAGAUAGAGGGCUUCUACUGGCCGACGGCGGUCGCCGACACCACCCACGUGGUCCACACCUGCGAGGGGUGCUAA